AUGCGGCUGUUCGGUAAACAAAACAGUGAGUCCAGCACCAAGAUCCUCAAAAUGGCUCCCAUGCCCUCCCUGACCAAAACAUGGCACUCCCAAUCCUACCCUUCCAUCGACCCUCUCCGCCCUGAGCUCUCCGCGAAAGGCAAGGUCGUAGCCAUAACCGGCGGCGGCGGUGCCAUCGGAGCAGCAACUGCCCUUGCGUUCGCCAAAGCGGGUGCUUCCAAGAUCGCAAUCAUCGGCAGAUGA